CACGUAAGAUAAGAGACACACCCGAUCACACACACGCCAAGACUAAGAGCCUUUCAGAGCUCUGCCAUUAACAACUCUGAAAAACGACAAACUCUUCUCUGAGGGUAUCAUCGGAAUACCAAAAUAAAUGGAUUUGUCAUUUCCUAUCUUGGAGAUCUUUGUGCCUCUCAUCUGCCUGUCGGUGGUGGUCCUGUGCUGCAACACCUCGUGUCGGGCCAUUCAGCGAGCCCGCGAGGAGCGCAGAGCGCAGAACGCCCGGGAGGCCGACAGACCCUCCAUCUUCAUCAUCCCGUUUCCUCCGUCCCGCCCGUCGGACGACGACCUCUACAGGCCGCCUCGCUACAGCGAGACGAGGAGCUACAGCCCACCACCACCGCCUUAUGAUGAGGUGGAAAUGAAGCCGGAAUUCUUCAUGUCACCAGAUGCCCCCCCUCCACCCUACGCCCCCCCUUUCCCUAGACCUUCAUCCCCCUCAGUCACAGGCUCUUAAAACAGAACCUUCAGUGUUGAGAUAUCCAGGGAGGUGCACAGACCAGAAAACGGGGAGAGAUCCUGGCCACGUGUUGCCCAGGCAUGAAGACCCAAAGCUUAAAGACUUUAUGCUCGGGCAUUCAGACUUAAAACUUGCACAUAGUUGAAAUCGUUCCAUAUGUUCAGAGACUGGUGAAGGAAAAAGAGCUGACUCAUCUUGGACUCGGAAAUGUGGACUUUGGGAAUAUGAGCAUUUCGGAAGAGAGGCCGAUCACUCAAUGACUGGGAGAAGCCUGUUCAGUAUUCACAAAAUUUUAGAACAACACCUGUCGGAGGUAUGCCUCUAUGUAUUGCAAAUGAGCAUAGUUUAGGAUGUAGCUUGUCUGCCACGUAUCAUAUUAAGAAUGUUUUUGAGAAUUUGUAAAUUAUGUAAAUAAAAUUCACACAAUA